AUGACCAUCACCCUCCGCCCCGCCACCGAGGCCGACGCCCCUUCCAUCGCCCGCAUCGCCACAGCCGCCUUCGCCGACUCCCUCUCUCCCCUCAUCUUCCCGCGCUCCCAACUGGCCACGGCAACCGUCACCGAAGCCGAUCUGACCGCCGACGAGAUCACAUGGCGCACGUCCAUGUACAUCAAGCGGAUGCGUGAGGGGAAGCCAUGCGUGGUUGCCGUUCAAGUUGACGAAUCCACCGGUGAGGAAAAGGAAAUCCUGGGUUCUGCACACUGGCAAAAGCCGGGUCCUGAGGGACCAGAGGUAUUGGGGGUGGAGGUCAGGCCGGCGACGUAUGACAAGGACAUGUUUGCCAAAGUUGUCGAGAGGUUUACGGCGAAGGACAAGGAGACUUUGGGACCAAGGGGACAUGAAGAUUAUUGGUAUGCAAUCCUGAUCAGUGUCGAUCCCAAGCAGCACAGGAGGGGAAUUGGUAGGAAGUUGCUGAACUGGGGGUUGGAGUACGCGAGGAAGGAGGGAAGGGAUGCGUACUUGACUGCUACCGAUGCCGGAGUGCCGCUUUAUAAGGUUUGCGGGUUUCAGAGCAUGGAGACAUAUGAUUGCUACGGCGUGCCGCUGACGAGCAUGGUUUGGAGGUUGGACAAGAACCAGCAGUGAGUGUUGAAAGGAGCAAUUGCCUUGAAAAUGGCUGGGGAAGAUUCAAGGGAAGGAAGAAGUUAUU